AUGUCUCUCUCUGAUUUGAACCCUCCCAAUCCUCUCUCUCUCUCGAUGCCCUUCGCGCUUGGAGGAACUUCAAUCAUCUACAGGAACCUCGAAACUUCUUCCGCACAGAUGAGAGAGAUUGAGCCUCGAGCAAGCAAACAGGAAGAGUCAUCCAUGGAAGAUCCUGAAGCGUCGUCAAGUGACACUGCUCCUCCCAAUUUCGACGAAGAAGUCGUCGCUCGCUUAGAAGAAGCAGCGUCUCUUUGCUCUAAGGCUCUGGUGAGUUAUGACUCUCUGCAAUGUGAGAAGGCCAUCGAUGUCUUUGUCAAUUUGCUUGAAGGCGUCUCUGAAGCUGCCAUUGCUAAUCCAGAGAACCUUUCGCUAAAGGACCGCGCUUAUGAGUGUCUCGAUUUUACUUAUCGAAUUCUCUCUCCUCCAUAUUCAAACCAGAUUCUUGUGGAUGCUCUUUCUUUAGAGCUGCCAAAGGCAGUUGCCAAGUUUGCUGGUAUUUCUGAGAAAUGCUUAGAGGUUGCGGAACAUAUAACUGAUUACCUUUGCAUGGCUUGUAACCCAAGGGACAUGCUUUCCAUUCUAUGUGAGGCUCUAGAUUCCCUUAACAAAGAAUGCAAUGAGCCGGCAUUUUUUCUCCCACUUUUUUGUGGGAUUUCCAGAGUUUUCUGUUGUAUUCAAAGGCGCCACUUGGAGCAGAUAAAACGAGCACUGCCUGCAAUAUUCUCUGUUUUGGAGUCUGCAACUUCCAAGUUAGGAGAUGAAGUCAAGUAUUCUUUGGAAGAUUUGAUGCAGAGAACGAUGUCUAUUGUGUUCUCUGUGCAAGAAGUUUGCAAAAAUUCAGAGGGAUGGAACAAAGAACAGCUUACUGCUUUACUUGGUGCUUGUGUGUUAGAACUUAUGGCUAUUAUUUGCAGGGUCAGUGUUGCAGAUGAAUUUUCACGGGUAUUUCCUUUUGUGUCACAACUGUCAGAGAUCAUUUCUUCUUGUAGAUUAUCAUAUCUUGGCCUAUUAACUGGAAGUGAGUUUGAUGCAAUUGCCAACUUGACAUUGAAUGAGGAUGAGGAUUUCAUGAAGUGUUUUUCCCAUGUGAGGCUUGGAGCUUCUCUAGCAGUCAUAUGGGGCUAUAUUUAUGAUGAAGUUGCAAAAGCUGCCGGUGAAGAUUUUGGGAGUGUUAGGAACAGAAUUCAAAUUUGUCAAAGCGAAAGAUGGAAAGCACUUUGCAUAUUCAGAGACUUGCUUUCCUCUUUGCUUUACUCAUUUAAACUAAAAAGUCAUGCCAUUGACUUUAUACUUAGCAUUUUGGAGGGCAAUUUUCCUAAAAAAUGCUAUGAUCAAAGUGCUGAGCUUUCCUCCAGCAUGACUAGUCUCUUUGCUUUGCUACAGGCUGUUCAAAUAGUCAUGGUUUAUGCUCCAGAUCCAGUGUUACGAAAGAAAGCUUUCACUGCUCUAAAGUGGGUUCUUCGAGAGCUUCCACCUAAUCAACGUUUUGACAUGUUUAAAGCUCUUUUCACAAACAGCGAGUAUCCAUCAAUGACCGCAUUGCUAUUAGAUCUUGUCAGAGAGGAAGUUUUGGAUGAAGCCACUUCCAUGAAUCGUGAGAAGUAUUCUACACAAAAUAAUGAAAGCAUCAAAGGUGAUGAGGACUCAGUUCAAUGUUCACCCUUUUGCAGUCAGGAUGUUCUAGAGCUGGUAGAGUUGGUCUUGAGACCUCCAAAAGGGGGGCCCCCUGAGCUUCCCGAGCAAUGUGAUGCGAUCUCAUCUGCUCUCAAUUUGUACAGAUUUCUUGUAAUGUUGGAAACAUCAGGGAAAGCAAACUACAAAGGUGUGAUUUCAAGAAGCAAUUUGCAAAAGGCUUACACAGAAUGGCUUCUUCCUCUACGAACUCUAGUUUCAGGUACUUUAGCUGAAAAUGAGAAGGACCGCAGUGACAUUGCUAUCAGCAUUAGCUGUUCCAUAAAUCCUGUUGAAUUUCUUCUGUAUCACUGCCUUGAAUUAGUAGAAGACUGCCUAAAACACUCUAGAGCAUGAUUUAGUUGUAUUCAUGGGCUUAGAAUUCCAUAGAAAUUUGUUGAAGAAGGGAGCAGUGGCUCUUGCACCAUCCUUUGGAUGUUCCCUUAAAUGUGUAUAUCAUUGAGCAGUGGCUCUUGCACCAUCCUUUGGAUGUUCCCUUAAAUAUGUAUGUCAUCCAUUGGAAGAUCAUCAUGAUCAUCAUCAUCCUCAGAAUAUUUUCCCAACUAUUCGGAUUUGGCUACACGAAUCCUGAUCCGUCAUCCUGUUCUAUCAAGGGUCAUACCUUCAGUAAGGCUACGUUGGAAGAUGAAUGAAAACCAAAGUGACUUCUUUCAUGCCUCAUAUGUUAUCUCAGGAUUCUUUACUCUAUUAUGGAACUGUGUGGCUUUAGAUCA